CACCUCAGGUACCUAUUUAAUAGUUCAUUAAAGGUUGAGUCAGUCCUACAUUUACAUUUCUGGAUGUAAUGAGUGAAUGUGUUUCACUGUGUAAAGCAUUAAAGCGACCAUGAACUGAGUUGGUUUCAUUUUUCAGGUUUUCUGUAGGAAGUGCUUUUUUUUUUUUUUUUUUUUUAACUUUCAGAGCUUAAACAAAAAAAGAGACUUGAGCAGAGCAAAAAGAGAGAACCGCAAAUUAGAACAUGGAUAAGCAGAGUAGGGGAGAAAUGGGAGCAUCUUUUUUUUCCCCUGUCAAUCUUUUUCACAGUACCUCAGAAUGCUGCUCUCAGCUCAGACCAGUGCAGAGGACCUGGGAACACAGACACGUGGCAGAGCCAAAGCCCACCCCUGAUGUCCACGGCUGCCAGCAGAUGAGGAAAGGGAUCUGGGAGGCAGAGCUGCCCCUGGCUGUUAUGGAGGGUUAGGGGAGGUCUCCUGGCUGCCCCAGUCCUGGUUGGUUCAGGAAGUUUGGGGAGGAAAUACGAGACUGUUUUCUCUGGUGAGGCAGGCAGAGGGGUACAGUGCAUCCUGCUGCACCCAGUAAGACAUUGUCCUGCUAGAGACUACUUUAUCUUGGUAAUGCUGUGCCCCGGCUUAUGAAAUUUCUUUUCCUGUGUUAAUUCAGGGAAGAUUCAGAUGAGGAAUUAAAUGUUCUUCCUCUAGCAGUAGAACCUGGAAACCAUGGCCUGGUUCCUGUGUGGGUUGCUUCCUUUCCUUUACCUCAGUGGUGGUAUCCUGAAGUGAAAGCAGAUUGUGAGAGCGAAAUCCAGGGCUGCUCCUAGUAUGUUUGUUUCAAAAGACUGUAUGUUUCAAGAAAUGCUCUCUUCUUCCUCCAGCUACUGCGAACAUGUCAUGAUAGUUCAGAUUUGUCUAAUAACAUCCCGUUGUGUGCAUACCCCAACUGAGGCCUUGGGGGUGAUUAAGGCUUCCUUAAUACACAAGUGGCAAUCAGACUCCAUGACUCAGAACUCGAAUUCUGCUCUCCUGCAGCUCUUACAUUUUUCUUUUUCCCUUAAUUUCUCUCUGUCCUCUGCAGGAGGUCUUCAGUGUGAGGAAGUGCUUUUGUUAUGCUGACAUAACGUUUCUGUGAGUAACGCUCCUGUAAAUCAGCCUUUGCAUCAGUGUUGGUAAAAUAUUCAUUGGGCUGAGUGAGCAUGGGAAUUAUGUGUGAUGAAGAACUGAGCUCGCAGGGCAGGGAAAGGCCCUGGCUAAGCUGGAAGUGGGUUUUGGGGCAGGCAGGAGAAAGAAGGACUUCUGCUAACAAAUGUGUCAAGUUAGAGUGAUAUUUCUUUUCUUUUUCCCCACUGUUCUUUUUGCUGUUGUUUUGCCUGACACAUCUCAUCCCACUGCAGGCACAAAAAGCCUCCCAGGUACUGGGGAAGAUGUGGAGUCUGUCACUUGUAGAAGGUGACUGUAAUUACACUGGAGCUCCUUUUUGCUUACAGUCACUCCAGCUCUGAAGAAGGAUGUGUGGCUUGUGCUAAGUCUGGUGAAGAAAGAAAAGAAAAAAAGGGUUUUAGAUGUUAUUUUGUCAAAUCUGUCUGGGAAUUAGGGGCAGUUGUGGCGUGAGGUGAGCACUGAAACUGAGAGGUCGUGAAGAGAUGAGCUCUCACUUUGGGUACAUUGACUCCAGGAUGCGCUUACUUUGUAAAUCUUGAACUUAGGGAAUUGUCUUCUUUUCAGAGCUGUAGGAGGGAGUUAGCAGAGAACCUGAAACUUCUAGAACGGAGGGUUCAUGAGGUACAACGUGACUGGAAAGUGCUUGUUAGAUGUGAGUCUCUGUGCUUGGAAACUGGUGCUGGUUUCAAAGUCUUAAUAACUAGGGUGAAAAUGUAGCUGGGUAGGUGUGACUUAGGCCAAUAAACAAAUAUGGGUUCACAAAACAGCAAUAAAAGCAUUUACACAAUGAUAACUCCUGGCUGGGAGGGCGUGGCAUGGUCUCGACCUUGGGAAUAGCUCCUGCUGCAGAUUUGUGUGGCAUCAUAAAAUAAUUAGGUAGGAGGGGACCUCUGGGUCGCAUUGUCCAACCCCUUUCUUAGAGCAGGACCAGCCUUGGAAUCAGCUCGAAUUGCUUGUGGUGCUGUCCAGUUGUGAACAUCCCCAAGAAUGGGGAUUCUGGAGGGAGAGGGGAUUCUACAAUUAGGGUGCAUUUUCAUGGUGGUCAGUGGGACCCUGGGGUGUGCUGCAGAGAGUGUGGUGAGCAGGGCAAGGGAGAUUCCCUUCCCCUCUGCUCUGCCUUGGGGAGACCCCAUCUGGAGGACUGGUCCCAGUGCUGGGCUCUCCAGCUCCAGGCAGACUGGAAACUGCUGGGAGAGGCCUGUGUAGGGUGUAGAGCUGUCAGAGAGGUGGUAGAGUCCUCUGGAGAGAUCCAAACCCACCUGGGCACUUUCCUGUGCAACCUGCUGUGGUGAAGGUGCUUUGGGAGGGCUUUUGGGCGCUGCAGGAGGCCGGCUGUGGGCUGGAAUUUACCCCCUGCUGCAUGAAGCCAUUGCUGGGUGAGAGGAGCAGCACUGCUACGCUGGGCUGCACUUCUUCAACAGUCAAGAGAUCCUAUUUCUGUGGCUCUAGCUCCAUAACUGUGACUUUUCCUCUUUGCUUACGUUGAUAUCUGCUUGCCUCUGUGCGCCAAGAAAUGUUGGUGUGUUUUUUUGCUUUGCUCUUUGAUCACCUGCAUGCUUGGCUGAGUCCCAUGUGGUGCCUGUAGCUCUGCCUUGCUCUUUAUUUUUUUCCUUUCCUGACUUCUGGACGCAUUUGUAUUUUCCCAGUGGAGGAAGCUUAUAGUCUAGGGCAGUUUUGUGCAGAUCUUCAUUGUGGUUUUUUUUGUAAUGAGUGGGUCCUGAAGUGAAUUAUUUCUGCUUAUUUCUCUAUCUUUUUUUUUUUUUUUUGAGGUGUUGCUGUUUCUUCUUUCCUUGAUGCUUCAGGUUUUGAAUUCCCAAAUAAUGCCACUUUUAUGGAUCACAGGAGCUUCCUUAUUCAUCCCCUCUCCUCUUUACCUGCUCUUAAACAAAAGCAGCUCUUUGUGGAGCUGUAAGCACUGUGUUCCAGAAAAUGAAACAGAAUUGUUUGACAUCCGGUGAGCGCAUGUGAGCUGCUCUGCUGUUGUUAUGGUACAUCCUGGAGGAAAGAGGAGCAAAGAGAUGGGCACUUAUAACAUCAUUAACAUCACUUCUGGCUGGUGGACCAGAUGGCAGAGGAAGCAGUGAGCCAUCAAAGCAGGGAAGAGCCAAGCUGAAAGGAAAUCAAGGAAAUCAUCCUUUCCUUUUUUCUUUUUUUUUUUUUUUUCUUUAGCUGUGGCUGUUGAAGCAAGCAGGACAUAUGAGAAACAGGGCAGGAACCCAGUGCCACGGCUGCUAAUGCUUGGGGGUUAUUUUCUAAAAGCAGCAGAGAUCAUUUAGGAUUCGUUGUGAGCUGAUCCAUAAUUUCUCAAGGGGAAAACCCUACAACCUGUGUCUGUUCUGUAGUGCACUCAUAGAUAUUCCUAACUGCAGCACUGAUGAUGUGCUCCCAAGUAUGGCUGCAGCUGGAAUGCUUAUAAUAAUGAUUCUGUUGAAUUUGAAUCUCAUCUUUUAAACACAAAGGGAAAUGGCAGCAAAUGUGAUGGUUGGAAAAAGCAGCAUUUUCUGCUUAAUCACACUCUGAAUCUUCUAAAUGGAAUACAUAUGUGUAAUGAAGUUGCCUCUGGAACACUCUGUUUUGAAGCAAAGUAGAUUUAAUGAUGCAAGUGUUGGGUCCUUUUCAAAAUCGUUUUUGAGAAACAGGUUUUUGCAUGCUCUCAAAUUAAUUGAUUUUUUUUUCUUUUUUAAUUUGCUAUCCUUGAAAGCUGUUGCUCACCAACAGGAGAGAACACAAUUCAGUAAUGUGAAUGUUUUGUCUCUUGACCAGGUGCAAAACCAGGUUUGUUUUCAGAGAGUCUGUGCCAUAAAAUGCACCAAGACCUCAGUCAGCCUCAGUCAGCUUUUGGGAAACAUGCUUCAUGCAGUAUGAAAUGUUGAGGUGUGGGUCUCAGCCUGACUUGGGAUGCCUUCCCCAUCUUGCCUAGGGAAGCAAGCCACUUAUGCUUUUUUUUGGUUUUGUUUUCCUCUUAGGGGAAAAUAAAUCUGUGUUUGUGUCCUUUGAGAACUGGGUGACUCGAACUUCCUUUUUUUUUUUUUCUGAGCUAUGUGAUGCCAAGAAGCAUUCUGGAAAUAAGGUCUUUGAUCUGUGGUGCUGCAGGGACUCUGGCAGCCCUUUGCAGAGGGAUCGUGCCAGUGAUCAUUUAUUAUAAUUAUUUAUUUAUUAGUGGUGCAAGUCACGUGGGGAAGCACAUCCUGAUCCUGCAAGGAGAGGGCAUUUGAACUGAAGUUUUCACUUUAGAUGUGUUACAGUAUGUGCUGCCUGCAGUUACCAGUUGGGUUAACUAAAGGUUUAUUGCCAAGCCAUGUGCCAUAAACCUUGGCAUACAAGACAGUGGAGCUCACAGAGCCCAGCCUAAUGCGAUUUUAGAGAAAGUGUUUACAUCCAUCACUAAGUCUCCAGAUGGAAAAAGGUUAGAAGGCUUGUCAAAGCAGCUAGACUGGGAUGUUCGAAAGAUCCAGCGCUGGUUUCGGCAUCGGAGGAACCAGGACAAACCCACCACCAUCACUAAAUUUUGUGAGAGCAUGUGGAGAUUUACGUUCUAUUUAAGUAUAUUUCUUUAUGGAAUCAGGUUUCUCUGGACGGCACCCUGGUUUUGGGACACACGACAGUGCUGGUACAGCUACCCCUUUCAGCCUCUAACAUCCAGGCUUUAUUAUUAUUAUAUCUUGGAGCUGGCCUUCUAUUGGUCUCUCAUGUUUUCUCAGUUUACAGACAUUAAACGGAAGGACUUCCUGAUCAUGUUCGUUCAUCAUUUGGCUACAAUUGGGCUCAUUACGUUCUCUUAUAUGAACAAUAUGGUGCGUGUUGGAACACUGGUGCUGUGUCUCCAUGAUGCAUCUGAUUUCCUCUUAGAGGCUGCAAAGCUAGCCAAUUAUGCCAAGUACCAGCGUCUCUGUGAUGCCUUCUUCAUGCUCUUUGGUGUUGUGUUCAUUGUCACACGCUUGGGCAUUUAUCCUUUCUGGAUUUUGAAUACAACCCUAUUCGAAAGCUGGGAACUGAUCGGUCCCUAUCCUUCCUGGUGGCUGUUCAAUGGCCUUUUGGUAACCCUGCAGAUCCUACAUGUCAUCUGGUCCUAUCUCAUCGUUCGCACUGCCUACAAGGCCCUCGUGCGGGGAAAGGUAUCCAAAGAUGACCGCAGCGAUGUAGAAAGCAGCUCUGAGGAGGAGGAUGUGACAUCCAACAGCACAAAAGGAGUUUUCAGCACUUCGAGCAAUGGCUCCAACCGCAUUAACGGCCACGUGGCCGGCGGGCAGUGGACAGAGGAGGAAUAAGGCCCUGGGUUGGCCUUGAGCAAACACGAACUUGUCUCUGAAUAUUUAGAUGUGUUGAACUCUGCAUUCCCAAGUGAUUUUUUUAAUCAAGAUACCCCUUCCCCAGAAACCUCCAGCAAAUCUGAAACGGGCACAAUCCAGACCAGUCAAAGGCUUGGCAUGACAGAAGGGAGAAAGCCAAUUACUAGGGCAAAAAAGCAAGCUGCAGAUUUCACUUUAAGCCAUUUUGUACUUCAAUCUUAGCCCCAUCAACGUUUGCAGAGGUAUCUUUGUAUGUGACAGACUGGUUUGGACUGGGAUCAACUCAAGAUGGAACGAGUUUGGGCUCAGCUGUCCCCUGACCAUGGUUGGUGAAUGCACUGCCAGUGAUGACGGCUCAUUCAACGCGGGGUCAGCAUCGUCUCCUUGGUGCACUUCAUAAGCUGCUCAGAGCAUGGGGAGUGCCUGGUUUUGUGCUUCCCGUGUACAGGCUGCAGCAGACUCAUCCCUCUAUGCUACAGCCAAGCUCUGUGUUGCAUUGUGCUCCAACUUCUCUGGGGUGCUCUGUGCUAAGGAGGCUAUAGCUUGUUAACUCUGCUCUCAGGAGGGACCAGGCCAGCGUUUGCUGCCUCUUCUGGUGCUGAAAGCCCCUCUGAAGCCUCAGUGACAGCCGUCUGAAACAGGGGAGGGGAUUCCUUAUUGCCCCUAAGACAAGUAUCACAAUAUGUACCUUUUAAAUCUUUUUUUUUUUUUUUUUUCCUUUUGCAAGUUGUGGUUUUGAAGACAUUUCUAGAUCUACUGGAUGCAGAUGGCUGAGCGAGGGACUUGAGGGCAGACCAAUGCUGGGGGCUGUUCUCAGCUUUCCACAUAAUAAGGGGUUUCAGUCCUCCUCAGCUGUAUUUCAGGACAGAUGUUAGAAUGGUGCUGCUCUCAUUCUGCAAUUGUGGAGGAAAUCACUGGGCUGGAAAAGCA